AUGAAGUGCCCCAAGCAGAUGGGUCUUUUACUAAUGGCCAUUGUGGCAGUGGUGCUUUCUGUGCCUUCAGAACAGAAAUCAAGAUCAGCAAUAUCUACCAGAGAAAGAAGAAGAAUAACAAAUAAAGGGAUCCAUGAAAUAAAUUCUACAACAUUGGAUCUACUAGAUGUUAGAACACCUCCGAAAGUCAAGGAGCAACAAAAGAAAAUCCAUGAAAAAUUUGAGUUUUCACACCCUGGCGUUGCUAUACCCGUUGAUGAAAAUAUAAUAUUGGCGGAAGCAACAACAACAUCCGAGAAUGUUCUCACUGUUGAGCAUAAAACAUCAAUAGACGAUGGUCCUUCUUCUUGGAUUUUGUUGAGUGGUCUGUCCUCAACGACAUCCACACCUUCAGAAGGCAAUAAUGCCAGCAAGAAAAAUUCAACUAAUGAGGUUCAAUGGAACUCAACCAUAUCAGUCACAGGUAAACCAAAAAGAAACACUUAUUCUCAUUUCAAAAAACGUGUGAAUGUAGUAACAUCCGAAAGGCCCUUCGAGAAAGUUACGAUUACUGAAAGUCAUCAAGCUAAGGUGCAUAAAGACGUAACAAAUCUUACAAGAAUAAAAGCAUCUGAACUGAAUAAGGCAGUGAUAAAAAGGAACAGUUCUCAACAUGAUUUGUUUGAUAAUUCAUCAAUGCUCACAAAUUCAAAUACGAAAACGAAAGAAUCACAUAAUGUUUCUUCUCAUAUCAUCAGCAGCUCAACAUCGAAUACAACUGCUCAGGCAAUAAAGCUUACCAACAGCACUAUGGAUGCUGGUGUUAACGUUACCAAACUAUCUGCUGAAGCAAAAGACAUAGAAACUGAUUUAGUAAGUACUAUCAAGAAGAAGAAAAAUUCUACUAAAAGAAAGAAGAAUAAGAACCGUCGAAGAAAACCAACUGAAACAAAAGGUGAUAUAACUACAGUAUCUAAACCCUCAAAAGUAUCGAAACAAAAGCCAAUCAGUACUCAAAUCUACAGUUAUUUGUCUCGUGAAGUAAUGCCAACUGUUGGUGUUGGUUUAGUUGGUUUAAUGGUAACAGCAGGUUUAGCAAGUUAUUUCUUUUAUCCAUUUGGUAUAGCAAGGAGAUCCUAUAAUGUGGACAGGAAAGAUCACGAUGGAGAUUAUUAUUAUAAAAAUGAAUUAUCUGUUCCAGAAGAAGAGGCUAUAGGCAAAGUCAUAGCUGGUAUGUCAACGAAUACUUUAUUCCCAGACAAUCUCCAACGACCAAAACAUAAGGAGAGAAAUUCGAAUAUUAGAUAUAGGUUAGUAGACAAAAAAACACAAAUCAAUGAAGGUAUGCACGGUUCUGUGGAGGAUGUACCAUUGACGUACGAUAAAGAAAAUGAAGAACAGAGUUAUUACAAUACUUACCAAACUAUAGAUUAUAGUUCUGAUCCGAACGAGAAUAAAUUGUUCGUUGCUGCACCUGAAAAAGCUAAAAAUGCUGUUACCCCUGUGACUGUACCAGAGCAUGGGCCAAGAAAUUUGAAUAGUGCUGAUGAAGACAUGGAGAAAAUGUCAGAUAAACAGAAAUCAAAACUAGAAACAGUUCAUGGACCUAGAUAUCUCGGUAACGGAAGACGUAAAUGA